CUGUACUAUGUUACGUAACUUCACUUCGCCUGACGAGAAAACAGUUGACAGCAGCAGCGUAGAGUAGGCCGAGGUGGUAAACAAAACACUCGUUUGAAAGCGCUGUCCCGGAGUACAUCUGUAUCUUCUCUCUGUCCGUGAUGUGCACGCGGCUAUCGCGGAGCACCGGGAGCUCUGAACGUUCUGUGCAGAAGUAGUGGGGCGACAAGCCGUGCGAUAGGCACGGUACUUUAGCCUGGCUAACGUGUAGCCUCCGUUAGCAGGAUAGCAGCAGGCUACUGUGUGUGUGUGUGUGGGUUGGGGUUAGCAUUAGCAUUGCCAUGUCGUCUCCGUCCUCGUCCAGGCGCCAGUGGUGCUACCUGUGCGACCUGCCCAAGAUGCCCUGGACUGUGGUGUGGGACUUCAGCGAGGUGGUGUGUCGAGGCUGCGUCAACUAUGAGGGUGCCAAUCAAAUCGAGUUCCUGAUAGCAAACGCUCGACAACUCAAACGGACACACGGCAUGCAGGACGGUAACGUGAGGUCCCCGGGUCCCUCCCCAAACAAACACAGCACAUCAGGGAGAGAAGCGCCCGUGGACACGGCCAGGACGCACAACGACCGCUUUGAGCGCGCAGGGAGAGGCGAGAGUGUGGGCUCCGCAGCCAGGGUACCUCCCAAUGGCUUACACAGGGACGGACAUCCACAGGAACUGAACCGCCAAAGCCCCAGCGGCAGCAGGAGGCCCAUGCUCGGUGCUGCCAUCCCUCCCAGUUUAGUGUCCCAGAGUAUAGCUGGAAUACCCCCCGGGCUGCUGCCGGCGGGUUUGGCUGCCAGACAAGCCCCUAUAAGCAAUCCAUUGAUCUUUCCCGCCCCUAUGCUUGCUGAGAUGAGCCGCAGACAGCUGGGCAUCGGCAUGGGCAUAGGACCAUUCAUCUCCCAGGAGCUGGAGCGCGAGCUCAGCUCACAGGGCCAGUCCAAGUCUCAGACGCCCAUUCAUUCUGCAGUGGCAGGCAGUGGCAGCAGUAAAGCGACAGGUCUGCCUUUGACCGCCUCAGCCAUGGCUGGGGGUGUGAGCCAGACCAGCCCCAAGCCUGCGUCCUCUCCUGCACGACAGCCCCGUCCCUUGGCCACUAGGCCUGGAGGAGAGCCCCUGAGUUCCAGUGCAUCUGUAGAGGCGGCCAACACCGCUCCAGCCUUACCCCACGGAGGAGCCUCCGAGCUGGGCUCUGCGUCAGGCAGCAGCCACACUGCUGGAAACACACUGUCCUGCACCCUGUGCCACGAGCGGCUGGAAGACACACACUUUGUGCAGUGCCCCUCAGUGCAAGGACACAGGUUCUGCUUCCCCUGCACGCGCGUGUACAUCCAGAGUCGCAGGGCAGACGGGGAGGUGUACUGCCCCAGUGGAGAGCGCUGUCCGCUGGAUAACACUCCCAACAGUCCCCCCUGGGCGUUCAUGCAGGGAGAGGUCACCACCAUCCUGGGCUCGGCCGGUGCAGGGGCUGCCUCCAUCCCUGCUGCUGCCCCGCCCCCAGGCCCUAGCCCUGCCCCCGGAGCAGGUCCCGGGGCCAGUGCUGGAGAUGUCACUGUCAAGAAGGAGCGAGAGACGUGAGGCAACAGCAUAGGAGCGGUCAGAAGAGCCAGCACAGGACACAGCCCUCAGCACCACGGCCAGCUCCUCUUCUGCUGAACCAUCACACCUACACCUCUGACCUCUGUGCACAAAAUGUGUUCUAUCAUUAGACCUGUAGAACGCACAACACAUGAGCAGAACGUGUUCUAUCAUCAGCCCUGUACAACCAUAGACUGUAUAUAUAAAUGGACAUAGCUAGCCUGCUAGCUAUGUCUAAAUGUUCUAAAUAGGAAGUGAGCAUGGGUGUGGUUCCAAUUGACAUCUAUUGAGAAAUCUUUCUGUAACUGCUGCUGUCAGACUCAUCAUUCUGACCUUAAAACCUUCACCUCGUUUUAUCCCUAAAUCAACAUAUGAGCUUUAUUAAUAGACCAAUCAGGUGCCUUCUUUCCCAGAGGUCACACCUGUUUGAUUGACAGCUAUAAUGACUUGUUGCUCAGCGCCUACCCCAUAGAAACCUGCAGUGUAGAUGGGAAAGGGCACAUACCUUUAGCACCCUGUCUUCUGAUUGGUGCACUCAAUGUGGUCCCUGGUUGCAGAUUAGUCACUAUAAAUGCUAGCCUCAAUAAACUUCAUUUGGCUGGAGCUAAACCCUAUGGGUGACGUCACACUCCCUAAGUCCACUUUAUACAGUCUACGUCUGGAACACAACACAAGAGCAGAACAUGUUCUAUCAUCAGACCUGUAGAAUAGUACAGUCCUGACAUGUAGCAGGUCUGCAAAGGGUCAGAUUGUGCUCAGCAUCACAUUCAUCUCCACACAGCAUAUGAGAGAACAGAAGUUCCCUGGUUCCUGAUGGUGACCAGUGAUUAGGACAAUGUAAGGAGUAGUGUUGUGGAAUUUAAAGUGAAUAACUCCUGUCUUGUAGUCCCUCUGAUUUCAAAGAACAGCCCUAUCAUGCUCCAGUACCUUCAGCAACGGCAUACAUGAAAUGUGCCUGACUGAGCUUUUUCUUGUCAAUGAAUUUAAAUCCAAAUCAAUCCAAACAAGGUUUGGGCUGAUCUUUGAGCUUGUUUUGCUUUUGUGUUGUUAUGGUUACACAGACACAGAUAUUCAUCUAAGAAAUGUUUUUCUUUCCUUUUAUAGUUCUGUGAUAUUGGCAUCAUUAAUUUCCUGAAGUAAUUGAACACAGCAGAAAAUGCCUUUGGGUCCAGCUCCUUGGUCUCAGCCUGUCCCCUGGUCUGAACUGGUUUACAGCAUUGGCUCUGCUGCUUUGGGGACCAGCGGCAUGUGCCCUCAGGAGACUGGUGUCCCUGUGAGUUUUUAACCCUUUAUGUGGAUGGGGUCUCACUGUAAACCAAUGGAGAAAAUCUGUCUUUUGGAAAUAUCUGUGUAAAUGUAACCAUUCACUGUAAGUGGGUAUGGUGAAUGUUGUACUGCGGCGGAUGAAAGCCCACACCAGCCGCAAACAGACUACACUUAACCCGAAUGUAUACCACCACAUCUAUAGGCCAAGUACAAUGUAAUCUACAGAAUGUUAACUGUAUGUGCAAUCCCUCGCUCAAUAUGCAAACAUCCAUUUCAGACAAACGUGUGUCAUUUUCUCAUUUUCAACUGAUGUCUAUGAAAUCCUUCCAGAAGCAUACAGACCUUGUGAUAUUAAACCACCUGAAUCAUCACAACAUCUUCCCUUUGCUUUCUCAUGUGAUUUUUAGUUGACACUUUGGAGUUCAGGGGAGCCCAGCUGUUUUCCUCAUCUUUUUUUUUUUAAUCUACAGACACAUUUAGGAUUUUGCUUUGUAGCCCAAUCACUUCCCACAUUCUUUUUGACAGGAAGCUAUUGUUCUCCUGUCCCCUGAGGAGGUUGUGGUCCCUUCUCUUUACCCCUCCCCUGAGGAGGCUGUGGUCCCUACCCUGUACCCCUCUCCUGAGGAGGCUCUGGUUCCUACAGAACCUUUCCUCAUAAUUUAAUCAUCAAAGUGUAGUCUGUUAAUCACAGUGAGUAUGGUUUCAUUUGAACAUCCAUUCAGACAUUUUUUCGUUGAUCUGUUCAGUCAAAUGUGCAGGGAUUUAGUGGGUGAGAACAAUCAUGUGUGAGUCCGAUCUCUUGUUCAUGUGGUCUCAGACAGAAGCACAGGUUAACCAAAGGUCACUUUAGCCCAAACUAAAGGAUCCAAAACAAUCGAUUUCUUCAAGGGCCUUGUCUAAAGCCGGCAAGGAUUUUCAUUUAAUACUAUUAAAUAUGUCAAUACUUUUCUAAGUGUAAUCAAAUAAAGAUGGAUCUUUAUCUU